ACAAAAAAGGCGUUGAAUUUAGAUCCGAUUCAUCAGCUUCAUUGUUAAUUUCUUCUACCAGCAAUUCUGUCUUACCCCUCGAAUGUGGUGGAUCCUUAACAGAAACGAUAAAAUAAAAAAAAAUAGAUAUCUGUUGUGGAAGAUCAUAGGGUGUUGGCAAUUUGUUGGAUCAUCUGCUCAAUCAAAAAAAUUUAGAUACGUCCAAUCUGCAUGAAUUGUGGAGAUCAGCAAUCUAAGCAGCAGCGCUCACCGAUUCUUUUCCAACCCUAAUUCGUCUCUUCAAUCUAUCAUAUCCUACAGUUUUUUUUCAUUCUUUUGUUUUUUUUACCUUAUUUGAUUUUGGAGGGAAAAUUGAGAUGAACUGUAAAGCUCCGGCCGUGAAAUUGGACGACGAGCAGUUGGCGGAGCUGCGGGAGAUAUUCCGCUCAUUCGACCGGAACAAUGAUGGUAGCCUGACGGAGCUCGAGCUCGGCUCGCUGCUGCGGUCGCUCGGUUUGAAGCCGAGCCCCGAUCAGAUCGACGCGCUGAUCCAUAAGGCCGACACGAACAACAACGGAUUGAUAGAGUUCUCGGAGUUCGUGUCGCUGGUGGCGCCGGAGCUCCUGCCGGCGAAGUCGCCUUACACGGAGGAGCAGCUCAGGCACCUCUUCGAGAUGUUUGAUCGGGACGGGAACGGGUACAUCACGGCGGCGGAGCUGGCGCACUCCAUGGCCAAGCUCGGCCACGCCCUGACUGCGGAGGAGCUCACUGGGAUGAUCAGGGAGGCUGACACCGACGGCGACGGCAGGAUCAAUUUUCAGGAGUUCUCGCAGGCGAUCACCUCUGCCGCCUUUGACAAUUCUUGGGCUUGAUUAUUCUAGUUUCUCUCGUAUAGGAAUAACAACUGGAGUACCAUUGGUAGAUUCUUGUUGGUGGUAGUCUUUUAUUUCAUUUUGGGUGGCAGAGAUGGGCAACUGGUUUCAGACAGUAAUUGUAAGUAGAAUUUGUUUCCCUUCAAGUUUUGUACUCCAGUAAAAUAUACUACUACUAGUUAUAUGCAUCUGCAGCCACUUGCAGAACAAUGGACAAAGGUUGUGGUAAUAGUUUCUAGUACUACUUAUGAUUAGUACUAUGUCGUAGGAAAGUGGUUAAAGCACUGUUAUUGCUUUCAUUAUGUUGUGAAAGAUGAACGUGGUUAUAUAACUGCUGACGAGUUUAGCCAAAAAAUAGAAAAUGAAUAACCUGGUUGUCCAUCUCGGCUGUGCAGGGCAGGGCAUAAUGAAGACCAGUGAAUUUUAGUUUAGUCCUUUGUGUACACAUGUAGCUGAAUCUAGCAUUAGCUUUUGUAAAACUUAUUUGCGUUAAUUUUACAC